CUGACGUUGCAAGUCAGUCACAUUUGAACCUUCUUCACCCCGAGGGCUGAUUGUAUCUAGUCAUAGCCUGCUGCUACUACUACCAUUACUACUACUGCUGUAAAGCCAUGAAGACUGUCGCUCUCCUCUUCUCCUUUGCAUUUGUGCUGGUCUUCACUGCGCCCACUGAUGAGACUCAUCUAUUGAUUACGGUCAUCUACGAGGUUAACAAGAUCCUCAAAGGAGGUCUGGAGUUUCAGGCCCUUUUGGACAGUUUAGUGCCGGCGGGAUUCGAUCAAGAUCGCUGCAGGGCAAACGGGCCUAAAGAUUUCUGCAUAGCUGAGACUAUUCUGUCUGCCAUAAGCCAUACGAGGCACAGGAUUCCAUUAAACAACAUAUCUAAAAUCAGUAGAGUGCUGAAGCAGUACAAUAAGUUUCAUCCAGCCAACUGCACUGUGAAGGAGAACGGUGAUGAGGAACAGCUCCACGAUCUCCUGACAAACCUUGUCAACUGUGCCCAGGUCAUCUACUCUCGUCCACCUCCCUGCCGCUCAUCACAAACAAUCCUAGAGCUUUGCUGAGAGGACUGAUGGAAACUCUGUCAACUCUGCAUAGUCCAGUACCUCAUAUUGUUAUUUAUUGUAUUAUUUAAAUAUAUUAUGACAGUUAUUUUUGUACUAUUUAUGAAUAAAUUAACUUGUAAAAGUGGCAAAA